AUGCCCCGAAACCAGACGGAUUCUAUCAAGAGUGGCUCGUUGCGAAAGAAGAGCAGAAAGACUCCCUCGUUUUCGAAAUUUUGGUUUGUGCUAAGAAGCGACUCGUUUUCUUACUAUACCAAUGCCACUGAAAUGUACUUCCCUGCUGGAACUAUCGACCUCCGUUAUGCUGUAAAGGCCGAAAUCGUCCAUCAUGGCCUUGAGAAAGAACAGCUUAAAUCUUCCACCUUCAGUAUUAUCACUGAAACUCGUACCUACACAUUCAAGGCCGAUUCAGCAAAGGCUGCUCAUGAGUGGGUGAAAGCACUUCAGAAAGAGAUCUUCCGUAGUCGAAACGAAGGCGACUAUGUUAAGAUCAUCAUACCUCUGGUCAAUAUUAUAGACUUGGAAGAUAGUCCUAUUAUGAAUAUUGCCACCACGCUUAAGAUCAGAGCAAUUGAGAACGAUGAAACAUAUGCCGUUGAUGAGUAUGUACUGGCUUUCUUCACCAAGGGUAAAGAGGUGGUUGACGCAAUCAAAGUUUCUAUGAAGGAACUUGGAGUUUCUGGUAUUGCCGUCGACGACUCCUCCAGUACUGAUCUUGCAGCAAAAGCUGGUUCAUUGAAUUUGGAAGAGAUUCGUGAAAAUCGCCCAAAGUUGCUCAAGACUCAGACGUCGCUGAAAGUGAAGUCGCCUAUGGUUGCAGCCGCUGCGAGCAAUGUUGCUAGUACGCCAAAGAGCCCUGUCGAUUCUCUGAAAAAGACCAAUUCGUCUGUCUCUCUGAGCAAAAAGGUACGCAAUUUGUUUAACGACAAUGAGGGAAGUACUACUCCCGGAUCACCACAUUUGUCACCACGAAUUGGCCCCCUUAAGUCGACUUCAUCGAAAGAAGUCAUCAAGGACUGGACCUUGGAUUCGCCAAGUGGUUUGGAAUCUCCCCCUGGUGAAUCAAUGCCGUCUCGUCAAAAGAGUCGACCUGGUACUCCCCCUGAUCAGUUGGCUGUUUCGGCUGCCAUGGCGGCCCUCCAGAGUGAUAGGGACCGGAAGUCGCAUGAACAAGAAGAGGUUUAUCCUACUGGUCAUACUACUGGUCAUAUUAGGAUCAGUAGCUCAAUUGGUCAGAUAUUCAAGAAAGAAGGAGGCAGUGGAAGUGGAGCAUCUACUCCAGGAGAAGACAACAAGAGCUAUGACUUUCUUUCUGCAAGUGAAUCGAACCAGAUUCAAUAUGAAAGCUCUGAUAAGAAAAAGAAGAAGAGCGCUAAUAUUGUUCAUAAGGUCACUGAUAUGUGGGGUGGUGGGCGGAAACAUUUCCGUGAUCCAAAUCAAGCUGGUGGCUUUAGAGAUGACCGACAUCUGGUUUCCGAAGAGGAUGGUGCCGAAAGUAAUGAAAGAUUCAGGGCUCAUUUCUCUCUUGGAGAAACUGAUAACCUUGUGGCUACUUAUUUUUGCCAUAUCCAAAAAGCUAUCCCGAUUUACGGAAAGAUGUAUCUUAGUAAUGAGCAUUUAUGCUUCCGCAGUCUGCUUCCUGGUACAAACACCAAGAUGAUUUUACCUCUUCACGUGGUUGAGAAUGUCACAAAAGAAAAGGGUUUCAGAUUCGGUUACUCUGGAUUGGUUAUUGUUGUGCAUGGUCACGAAGAGAUUUUCUUCGAGUUUGGCUCUAGUAAUAAUAGAGAUGAUUGCGAAAUCAUGAUUCUCCGGGAAAUGGAUCGAUCCAAGAACAGAUCUAUUAUUAGACAAUCUGGGAGUGAUUACGCUCUUCGUUCGGCCAGACUCAUUACUUAUGAAGAUGCGCUUCGCAAUGAAUUGCCACCAGGUAUUAAUGUCCCACCUGUUAUUCUUGAGCCUUGUAAUGAUACUAGCAACGAUUUCUUUGUCGGUAAGGCCAAAGAUAGUCUUCGAUUUACUCUACUCACAAUUGGUUCAAGAGGUGAUGUUCAACCAUAUAUCUCACUGGGCAAAGGUCUCUUGAAAGAGGGUCACAAAGUCAAGAUUGCCACGCAUGCUGAAUUCAAGCCAUGGAUCGAAAAACAUGGAAUUGAGUUUGCUGAAGUUGCUGGUGAUCCUGGUGCUCUGAUGAAAAUUAUGAUUGAACAUGGUAUGUUUUCUGUCUCGUUCCUUAGAGAAGCUGCAGCUAAAUUCCGCGACUGGAUUGAUGAAUUGCUUUUAACUGCUUGGAAGGCAUGUCAGGAUACUGAUGUAUUGAUUGAGAGUCCAAGUGCCAUGGCGGGUAUCCAUAUUGCCGAGGCUUUGAAGAUUCCUUAUAUGAGGGCUUUUACAAUGCCAUGGACCAGAACAAGAGCUUAUCCACAUGCAUUCAUUGUCCCUGAACAGAAGAUGGGCGGUUCUUACAAUUAUCUCACAUAUGUUAUGUUUGAUAAUGUGUUCUGGAAGGGCAUAUCUGGACAGGUCAAUCGUUGGAGAAAGAAGACUCUACAUUUGCCACGAACAAACUUAGACCUUCUUCAGCAGACCCAAGUUCCUUUCAUGUACAAUGUGAGUCCAAGUGUAUUAGUACCUCCUGUUGACUUCCCGUCCUGGAUUCGUGUUACUGGUUACUGGUUCCUUGAUGAGGGUGGCGAAGAUUAUGUCCCAGAUAAAUCUUUGGUAGACUUUAUCGCUAAAGCCCGUAAGGAUGAUGCCAAGCUGGUAUAUAUUGGAUUUGGUUCGAUUGUUGUGUCCAAUCCAAAGGAGUUGACUAAAGCUGUUGUUGCUUCUGUUCAAAAGGCCGGUGUUCGUUGCAUCUUGUCGAAGGGUUGGUCUGACAGACUUGGUAAAGGCGAUGCCUCUGUCCCUGAAGUUGAGCUACCUCCAGAGAUUUAUCAAAUUAAGUCGGCCCCUCAUGAUUGGCUGUUCCCACAAGUGGAUGCUGCCGUCCACCAUGGUGGUUCAGGUACCACCGGAGCUAGUUUAAGAGCUGGUCUGCCAACUAUUAUUAAGCCCUUCUUUGGUGAUCAGUUUUUCUAUGCUGGAAGAGUUGAAGACUUGGGAGCAGGUGUCCAUCUGCGUAAGCUGACUGUGAAUCAAUUCUCAAAGGCACUUUGGGAGGUAACUCAUAAUGAGCGAAUCAUCUCUAAAGCCGCAGACAUUGGUAAGAGAAUUAGAGAGGAAAAUGGUGUGGAUACUGCUAUUCAAGUUAUUUAUCAAGAGCUUGAAUAUGCUAGAAGCUUGAUUAAAGAUGGAAAUGUCCCUGUAGGACGGAAAAUACCGACACUGAUGGACGUGGCUGGACUUCCUGUGAAACUGGUACAAAGAGCAACAGCCCCAUUACCGUCGUUGCCAAUUUGUCAUGACGACUCUGAUCAAGAACAUGAUGAAGAGAGAGACAAGAAGAGUAAUUCCAGUCAAGAGGACGACUCAACUCAUACUGAUGGUUCCUGGACCGUUGUGGAUACCGAAUCCAAAGAACAAGAAUAA